CCAACAUGCCUGAUGCCGUCAAGUCAGCACCCAAAAAGGGCUCCAAAAAAGCCGUCUCCAAGGCCCCCGGCAAGCCGGGCAGGAGAAGAAGGAAGGGAAGGAAGGAGAGCUAUGCAAUCUACGUGUACAAGGUGCUGAAGCAAGUUCACCCUGACACUGGGAUCUCAUCGAAAGCCAUGAGCAUUAUGAACUCGUUCGUCAAUGACAUCUUCGAGCGCAUCGCUUCGGAGGCUUCUCGUUUGACUCACUACAACAAACGUUCCACCAUCUCGUCCAGGGAGAUCCAAACCGCUGUGCGACUCCUGCUACCCGGCGAGUUGGCGAAGCACGCCGUGUCCGAGGGUACCAAGGCGGUCACUAAGUACACAAGCUCCAAGUAAAACACCCCGCUUUGGUGUGCAACAAAACGGCUCUUUUAAGGGCCAUCCAAAUCAUUUUUAAAGAGUGACUUCCGUCAAUUCGCAUGCUCACAGAAUACCAAAUAUACAAA